UUGAACCCAGACAAAGCUCUCGUGAGGUGGACCACAGCCGGUUGCUGCGCGUUACGGAUCAAUCACGCAGUAACGUGACGUAACGUAAGGAGCGAUACACGAGGCUAGGGGCGCGAGACGGCAGCGCACGGGGAAGUUUCGGUCCGCAGCGGAGUCUCUCGGUGGAGGUGACUCUUGAGGAGGAGUAGCGAACCCAUAUGCGAGAUGUUACAAGGCCAUGAUUAAUUUGCGAAUAAAGCCAACACACGUCUUUUAGAGGCAGAAGUCAACCGGAUGAAUGUGGCUAUGGAAGUGGAGGAACAAAACGCGUCCACAUCCUGCUGUCCAUCCCAGAACGGCAGCAGCUCCUCCACCCCUGAUGUUUUACCUCCAGAAAACCACGAUGACAGCCUGACCCACCGCCUUGGCACUGUUAUCCCCAAUCGGAUUUUUGUCGGGGGGAUCGACUACAAGGUCAAUGAAAGCGACCUGCGACGCGUCUUCUCCCAACAUGGUGCAGUAAAAGAGGUGAAGAUUGUGAUAGAUCGCUCAGGAAUGUCAAAGGGAUAUGGGUUUGUUACAUUUGAAACCCAAGAAGACGCAAUGAAAAUCCUUCAUGACGUUAAUGGCAUCUGUUUCAAAGACAAGAAGCUCAGCAUUGGUCAGGCUGUCCGCAAGCAGCAAGCUUCAGGACAAAAUAAGAGCUACCGUUUGGGCAGCACUGACUCUGCCAUGCCUCUGCCGGUGUCCUGUGGCAGCCUGUACCACACCACGUCCACAGGCUAUCCGUACACCUACCACAACGGAGUGGCCUACUUCCACUGCCCCAACAUGAAACCUCCUGCCCACCAUUGGCCUCGGCCUGCUCCCCCAGUGAUGCUUCCUCCAUCUCAUCAGCCUGUCUACCAGCAACCAGCCUAUCACCACUACCAGUGUGUCCCAAACCAGUAUCAGUGGAAUGUCGUCCAGCCGCCGAUGCCCUCCAGUCCAGUCGUGUACUCCCAGCAGUCAGAAUAUCUGUACCAGCCCGCCAACGGAGGCUCUCUCCAGCCUCCUCUGCCUUUCAUGGAGGACGUCACACCGGAGUUUAUAGAUCCCAUGGGGCAGCAGGUUUACCCACUGUAUCCUCAGAGAGCAGAAGGAAUGGCACCCAUUGUUCUACAACACAACCCUGGAAAGAAUCCGAUGUUUCCACACUCUCAGGUCCAUCUGAAGCCAAAGUACCACCGAUACAUAGACCACAAGGACUAUCACUACCUGCCAGACGCAACAGAGCCACCGGACGCCUCCGCGCUUCAUGCUUCUCAACCUCUCAUGUAGACCCACGGACAGCUUCACAAAGGGAAAAAGUCCCACACCGCACCACAACCACUCGUGGCAGUUCAGUCCCUUCCUCUUCCUUCUCCGUGGAUUUAAUACACAUGAUCUAUCAACUGUUUAACCUGUGCCUUACAACAUAAUGCAGUAUGUUUUUUAUGACGUGAUUUUGUAGCCUCUUCGUUGAGAUGAUCAUUUUGUCUGUUGCACUUCCCACCAACUCACCACAACCAAGGUAAGCUCUCAGGACUCACUAGACUCCCAGCGAAGCACUCAGAUCUGUUUCUGUUAAGGAUGCACCGAUUGGGGAAAUUCUGGGCUGAUGGUAAUGUUUGAAUUCCAAUUUGGCUGAUAUUAAUUUUGGGGUUUUUUUGUUAUUUAUUUGCCCUUUUGGUAAACUAAAGAUGAGCAACUUUGCCUUUGUGCAGCUCAAUAUAUUUCUUUUCUCAUCCAAGAUCAGCUGAACAGCUGCUCACUGUCCGUGCUGCUGCAUGGAGAACAUGGAGGUAUUUGCGUGCAGUUUAUGCCAGUGCUGGAAAACGGAGGUGAUUAUUUCUCCAAUAUCCAAAAUGAAAAUAACAAAACAUUUUAACCAGCACAAAAUUGUUGUGAUGCGCAUAUUGUUGCAUACUUAGUUUCUGUAUAAAUGGUUUAAUACCGUUGGAUGGAUGAUGUUGGCUUUACAGUGUCUCACACUGUAUACUGUUCCUUCCAAUAUUUACAGUGGUUGCGCUUAAUUUCUUCUCAAUUAACACAAACUUAAGGGUGAGUUUUUCAAGAAGUUUUUAUUUUUUAUUUUUUCCAAGUAACUUGCCGACGACUGAACAAUACAUCUUGAAUCUCCAAAAAUUCCAGUUUACAUACAAUUAACAAAACUGUGGUCUUCAGAGUCAGAUUGAAUUAUCUAUGACAGGAAAUGGCUACAGGGAUCUUUGUGCUUUUCUGAAAUAUCAAAAUUAAUUUCACACAUCUUAUUUAAAUACGGUAAACGGUCUUGAAUUUGUUGUCGGAUUUAUUUUUGAUUUUUUUUUUUAUUAGAUUUGUUUUAAUGUACAAAAACAAUUCACCACUUAAACCUAAAACUUGACUAAAAUCAGUGAACGGCAUUGCUAUGUUGUUGCAACAGAAAUGUCCUAGCUACAUGCACACAAGCACCAUGAUGAAGCUGAGAAUAUCAGAGAUCUUACCAUGUCAACUCUUUCUUUACCUUACUGUGCGAAGAAGCAGUGCUUUACAUCCUUUGCGGCUCAGUGACCAUUUAUUCAGAAGGAUAUGUAAAAAGUAGCACUAUUGAAUUUACAUUAGAGCGUAGUUGUUUAAGGCUCCUUGAGCUGAGUCAGUCCGAACAGUAUUGGAAUGCUCUGAGUGAGCUGCUGCAUCUUGUUGCCUCUGCUCGCCUUUAUCAGUGCUGGGACCUUUCAGGAUCCUCUGAUCCACUGUCUGGUCCUCAGCAUGUUAAUUUUAGAGCAGUGCGUAAAACAUUGUUUUCUACCGUUUUUCAGUAUGAUGAUGUGGAGAAAUGUCUGCAGUGUUGUUACCAGACUGUGGCCUGCGUUUAAUAAUUUAGAACUAGCAAGAGGCAGCUAUGUUCAAGCAGUACAGACUUAACAGCAACAUGAUAAUUUAGUAUAUUCUACAGGAAGCAGACUUACUGUUGGAUGUAAAAGUACAUAUUUAGCAGUUUUGGCCUUCUUCACAGCAGCCAUUUUGACAUGAAAUAAUAGGGUAAAUACAGGUCCUAUCAGUGAUGGUAAUUAAGGUUCUGUUCUGUUCUACUCUAAAUGGAACUGAACUUUCAUAGUAUCAUUGAUAACACUGUUUAACUACUAUUUCAUGUCAAAAUGGCUGCAGUGAAAAAGGUCUAUUACUCCUUUUUAAAAAGUACUAGUUUUGUAUAUCAGAAAUCAUAUUUUUAUAUGUGGAAGUUUGCUUAAGACAACAAUCCGUAAGGAGCAUAAAAGAUAUUUGAGUAAUAAUAAAUCUGCAGUUUGCAUUUCUACGCAUGCAGGGACAGACUUGUAAUGAAAGAAAAUGAAAAGAGCGACUCCGCCUCAAGGUAGUAGGGCUUUGCUAGCACCAUGCUUUUAAAGCGGCUCACCCCGAUUUGGUCAUUAUUUCGGACAAGAAAAUCCACUGGAUUUGACCUGUGCUUUCUCAAUUGUCUUUUUUACUUUUGAAAUUCUUUCAAGUGCUCAUAAGUACAUAUAAUUUUAGAGCAGAUGAGAACUCAACAUGCACAAAACCUAUUUGGAUGGAUCACUUUGUUACUGCACUCUCAGAACAUGACUGCAGAUGGAUUAAAUCUUGUUUUUCUUUUUUUGUGUGUGUGCUUGCUCAGUAGUUUUAUGUAAUUCAGUAACUUUUUAGACAAGGACCAUUUUCUCAGAGCUAAUGUGUUUCAUGUCCGUGUAAAUUAGUUGGUCAGUAACGUUCUAAAAGUUCAGAUUGUGCUCAUGUUCUGUAGUUACAGGUUAUGAUCAGUUUCCAGAUGCUUUAACCAGCAACAUCAAUAUAUCACAUUUAAAAUAGAUUUUAUUACACAAUAUUCUCAUAAGACAUUUU